AUUUUGUUCGCAUUGCCGACUGCAGUAUUUUUCUGCCCCUCAAAAUCCAGACCAAAGUGGCGUGCGAAACUUUCAAGUACGCUUGCCACACACUCGCGUGCAACAGUGAAUAAUGAGGGAGAGAAAUUUGACUGUUUCCAUCUGGAUUUGUUGGAUAAUUCUCCGUGUGUGCGCUGAUGUAGGGUAUGGCAAGGAAACUGGACAUAAUAAUACUUGGCGAGAGUGGAACUUUAGUCCGCCACAGCGUACGUGUGUAAAGCUUAAAUUCGACAGUCAGUCCAGUUCGGCAAAUUUGAACCAAAAUAAUCAGUGUGACUAUGAACCCAAGUCGUCCGAGCCACCCAGUUGGCUUCAACACCAACAGUCUACACAAUAUCCAGAUUUUGCUGGUUUUAGCGGAAUUGAUUGGAAUGUAACAAGUCCACGAGAAAAUUUCAAUCUUACUCUACUAGCGAAACCACAUGUGAAGAAUAAGAAGGAAUGUCCUUGUGACCCUACAAAAGAUAUUAAUCUGCUCCAAAAUACGCCUAAAGCAGAGGAUUCAUCAUUGUCUAUAAAAAAAGGUGUGCCUGCUAAUGGUACAUUUAUCGACAUAUUUACUGGCUGUUAUUAUUUUGUCAUGACAAAUAGAGAAGAAAAGAGUUGGUUGUGGGGUCCAUAUUUUUACAAUACCACAUAUCCUCUCUAUGAUACAACCUUGAAAUGCCAUUUUGAAAAUAUUUCGCAUUUGGCUGCUUUAACGAGUCGAGCGUUACCUUUUCAUAUGACCAUACGAACAACCUGUUUGCAAUUGAAUCUUGAGUUGUGGGAAAUUGAUAAAGAAAAGUUCGCAACUGAAAGUGAUUUGAAUGCCAUCACAUCACCGGCAACACAGAUUUGCCAUGUGCGCAUGAAUGACAAAAAAGAAUUGAAAAAACCAAUAUGCGAGAAAAGUGACACAAACCUUAGUCUUUCAUGGCCAUUGGACCAUGAGAAUCUAACGAAUGGUGCCUGGAGCAUUAAGGUCGAAUGGGAAGGACUGAAACAAGGUGAUGUCCGUUACUUUGCACAAUUCUCACAAACCGUGAUACAAAACCAAUGUGGCGAUCUAUGGCUUAAGGUGGGACAAUGGAGGAAUUAUGCCCUGAUUGGGAGGUUCUAUCUAACUCAUUUUAAGAAGCCUGGAAAGCCUAAAGAUGAAUGGAAUCUUGAUGAGCUUUCAUUAAUUUCAGUUGGCGUUCUCUUGGCAGUAAUAUUGCUCUUUUGGAUAAUUAAAUUUUUCAGAAUCCAACGUGGAAGAAGCCAUACGGUGAAUGAUGUACCCUUCAACACAGUAAGUCCGUUACUGUACAAAGAGAAGCCCAACAGAAUUUUAAUAAUUUACACAAAGGGUCCGGAUUCGUUCAUGGAAGAAAUGAGAUCUUUCAGAGAUAAUUUAAAAGAAAGAUGCGGUUGUUCGGUUUAUGACUUGCAAUCAGAUGACGACAAUGAUCUGAAUGUUGAAUUUGGUUCUAAUGAGUGGAUUGACCGCUUACUAAAACAUGGCUGUAGGGUCAUUUGGGUUGAUACUCCACAGUUCCGUUCGCUCGUGGAAAAUGAUAAGUCGCAUGUAGAGCAAGACGAGGACUAUAUGGUUGACUUUCGUGAUACUUCAAUACCAUUUGCUCUUGCUACAUCCAAAACUUUAUAUCAGGACCCAAUCACACAAUAUCGAGACCACUUUAUUGUCCGAUGGAAUGGUUUUGAAGUGACUGAUGGACCUGAUGACCCACUUGCCGUGAUCUCGCCGCAUACGCGUUUUCUGUUACCUGAGCAUUUUGAUGAAUUGUGUUCACAUCUGAAGCCGUGAAGUAAGUAUAUGAAGAAGGAUAAUUGACCUGGACACAGAAUUGCAAUACGUGUAUGUAAUUUAACAUCCAGAAAUAUACACAUAUAACGUGUAACGUUUUCAGUGUCAUGUGAGACACCAAAGAACUCUAAAUCUGACGGGGCAUAUCUGGUCUAACAGCAUAUGCGGUUAGCCACGAAUCGCGACAUCAUUCAACCUCUAAUUUACGUAUGUUGAAAAUGUUCCAGGAAUUUAUGGUUAUCAAAGAUCAAAGGUCGAUCAUUGUACAUAAUACGGUAUCUAAUCUACAUUCAUACUAUGGGUCAGUGAUGUCAUGUGAACAUUUACUUUUUAUUCAUCACAAAGAAUAAUCUUCCACAAUUACUGAAUACUGCAGUUUUCUGAACUCCAUGUCUAAUUAAGUAAUUAGGGCUUUUACCAACAUUAAAGGUUUUCCAACUUGUACUUACCUGAAAUCAUUUUAGUUUUGAAGCAUUUCAAUUUUUAUUCUAUUGUUCUUUGGAACAGAAUUACACCUUGUAAUAAUAAAUGUUCUUGUGUAAUUUUUUUGCAUCAAAUUUGAUUCAUAAUAACUAUUAUACGUACAUGAAAUUUGUACGGUAUAAAUAUCAAACUGCCAAAUGUUUAUACUUUACUGAAUCUAAUCCAAGUCCCACGAUCACGUCAUCUGGACCAUGAAGACUAGAGCCCGGUAAAUAUGUGUUUGAAAUUAAAAAAUAUGUACAUAGACUAUCGACUUAAAAAACUAAAAUAUGAUAUACAGAAACUGCAUUUUCUGGCGCCAAACAUCAUACUUUAUGUACAAAACCAUAUGAGGAAUGAAAAUGAUUUAAAUGAAAAAUAUGUAAUUACGUAUUAAUCCAGGCCCUAGUGAUGAUCUAAUUUAUUUUGUUCAGGAAAUAUUUAUUGAAAAGGAUUGUUCACCAUAAGUUUAUAGUCGUUGACCCAAUGAUUCUUAAGAUAUACUGACUAAUUGAGACUUCAGACAUUGAUUGUUGAAAACAGAAUGUGUAAUUCCAUGAAGUUAUUUUAAUAAUUCUGUGUAAUAAAUUAAAUAAACUGAUUAUUCAGAUAUUUAUAAUAAACAUUUUGGCUGGUUGAAUUCGCGAUAAUAUGAAAAAGUUAUUUAGUAAACUUGGCAGAGCCCUAGAAAAGUGCUUUU